AUGUUAUGCUUGUGUUUUGUAUUGAGUGAGUCUUAUCUAUUUGUAGGUGUUAGUGGGUUGUAUGAUUUUGGACCAAUGGGUUGUGCUAUGAAGUCUAACCUGAUUCAGUUGUGGAGGAAAUUUUUUAUUCUGGAAGAACAGAUGCUGGAGGUAGAAGCAGCCAUGUUGACUCCCUCUAAAGUUUUAAAAGCAUCAGGCCACGUAGAUAGAUUCCAAGAUUAUAUGGUGGAAGAUUUAAAAAAUGGAGAGUGCUUCCGAGCUGAUCAUUUAAUUGAAGCUCAUCUUGAGAAGUUAAUAGCAGAUAAGAAAACACCAGAAGAUGUUAAAGAGGAAGCUAAGAAAAUGAUGCCAAUGAUUGAUGGUAUGAGUCAGAAUGAUAUGAAAGAAGCUAUAAUAAAAUAUGAUAUCAAAUCACCAGUAAAAGGCAAUGAUAUCUCUGAACCAAAGGAAUUCAAUUUAAUGUUCUCAACCUCUAUAGGACCAACUGGCCAACAUAAAGGAUUUUUGCGUCCAGAAACUGCUCAGGGUAUUUUUGUAAACUUUAAAAGACUUUUAGCUUUCAAUGCUGGAAAACUACCAUUUGCUGGAGCUCAGAUAGGAAAUGCUUUCCGUAAUGAAAUCUCACCACGGUCUGGAUUGUUAAGAGUUCGAGAGUUCACAAUGGCUGAAAUUGAACAUUUUUGUGAUCCAAAUGAUAAAAGUCAUCCUAAAUUUGCUGGGGUAUCAGAUUUAAAGUUAUCCCUAUAUUCAGCCUGUAACCAAAUGGAUGGAAAACCCAUGCAGUCUAUGACAAUAGCAGAGGCAGUUAGCUCGAAAUUGGUGGCCAAUGAAACUCUAGGAUAUUUUAUGGCCAGAAUUUAUCUAUUUUUAUUAAAAGUUGGUAUCAAUCCUAGUAAGUUUCGAUUCCGUCAACAUUUAUCCAAUGAAAUGGCCCAUUACGCUUGUGAUUGCUGGGAUGCCGAGCUAAAGACAUCUUAUGGUUGGAUAGAAUGUGUAGGAUGUGCUGAUAGAUCGUGUUAUGAUUUAACUCAGCAUACAGAAGCCACUGGUGUUAAACUGGUAGCUGAUAGAAAACUACCUGAACCAAUAUCCUUUUAUAAACAAAUCGUUUCUGGGGUUGUCCGCACCUGUACCUCGUGUGUUCACUUGUUCUAUUGUCUACUGUAUCGAUCAUCACGCACCGAACACUGUAUAUUGUCUAUUCUGACAUCAAAUGAUAUAUUACAUUGUAUGACUUAUAGACAUUUAUAUCCUGGUGAUCAUUAUUUGCGAACUAUAUUCAAUAUAUUUGUUAUUUCUAUUAUAGCUGAAUCACUGACGUUAAAUGAUAUAUCACAUCGUAUAGAUGAUAGUGGAGGUAGUAUUGGAAAACGGUAUGCUAGAACUGAUAUGAUAGCUAUACCUUACGGUGUUACUAUAGAUUUCGAUACUCUACAAGCUAAACCACCUACUGUAACACUACGAGAACGAGAUACAAUGAAACAAUUUAUAAGCCUACCAGCCUCUAUAGCACCCUAUAAAUGUUCUGUUUUACCAAUCACUAACAACGUAGAAUUCAAUGAUUAUAUCAAACAAUUAUCUGAAUCACUGACGUUAAAUGAUAUAUCACAUCGUAUAGAUGAUAGUGGAGGUAGUAUUGGAAAACGGUAUGCUAGAACUGAUAUGAUAGCUAUACCUUACGGUGUUACUAUAGAUUUCGAUACUCUACAAGCUAAACCACCUACUGUAACACUACGAGAACGAGAUACAAUGAAACAAGUCAGAGCUAAGAUGGAAGAAAUCCCCCAGAUAGUAAAAGAUUUAGUUGAUGGAAGAAGAAGCUGGGAUGAUAUAUUAAAACAAUACCCAAUAUUUGAAGGUCAAGAAUCUACUAAGUGA